UGCCUCUGAACAGUAGACGCAAAAUAAAACAAUAAUCACUGUCUGCUCCUGGCCAAGCCUCCGUCCUUCCAGUUUCAACUUUCAACCCAUAUCAUUGGGUCAAAGGCCUAAAGGUUUGAAUUUUGAACCGUUUUUAACUACCGCCAUCCCCCCAUUUUUCCCAUAAAAAGACACCGCAUCAUCUCUGUAACAGCUCUGCAUAUCCAUUUCUUUUUCUUUCCAGAAAAGCACCACCUACAACCACAAAUCGCUAUGCUUUCCUUUUUAUCCUUCAUUCCAGUUCCCUCUCUCUCCACAGUGCUACCCUACAUAGUAUCAUUUGUUAUUUUCCUUCUUUUUGUUGAGCAGAUCUCUUAUUUGAUAAAGAAACGCCAAGCUCCUGGUCCGGCUCUUGUUCUUCCAUUUCUUGGCAACGCAAUCUCCUUGGUUAGAGACCCCACCAAUUUCUGGGACGCUCAGUCUGCUCUCUCUUCUGGGUUUGGUUUCUCUGUUAACUAUAUAAUCGGGAGGUUCAUCGUCUUCAUUCGCGACACUGAGCUCUCCCAUCUUAUUUUCGCAAAUGUCAGACCCGAUGCUUUCAUGCUUGUUGGUCACCCUUUUGGUAAGAAGCUUUUUGGAGAGCAUAAUUUGAUCUAUAUGUUCGGCGAGGAUCACAAGGAUCUCCGCCGUCGGAUUGCUCCCAAUUUUACUCCCAGGGCUCUCUCAACCUACUCCGAGCUCCAGCAGAUCAUCAUUCUCAAGCAUUUGAAGAAAUGGGAAACGAUGGCUAAGGAAAAUACCAACGAACCCAUUUCACUGCGUCUGUUGGCUCGCGACAUGAACCUUGAGACUUCCCAGACUGUAAUGGUUGGCCCCUACUUGAGCCCUGAAGCUCGAGAGAGGUUCAAGUUUGACUAUAAUUUAUUCAAUGUUGGCACCAUGAAGCUGCCUAUUGACCUCCCAGGUUUCGCCUUUAGAAACGCCAGGCUCGCAGUUGACCGCCUUGCCCAGACGCUAGCCGGAUGUACUACACAGAGCAAAACCAGAAUGGCCAACAACGAGGAGCCCACUUGCUUGGUGGAUUUCUGGAUGCAAGAAACGCUCAGGGAAAUCUCCGCAGCAAAAUAUGCCGGAGAACCUAUACCGCCUCAUACCAGCGACGCCGAAAUCGGUGGCUAUCUGUUCGAUUUCCUCUUUGCUGCUCAGGAUGCUUCCACGUCUUCGCUUUUAUGGGCAGUGGCUCUGCUCGACUCCCAUCCCGAGGUCUUAUCUAGAGUUCGAGAAGAAGUUUCGAGCAUCUGGUCGCCAGAGUCCGACAAUCUGAUCACUGCUGAGCAGGUCAGGGAAAUGAAGUAUACACAGGCAGUGGCGCGUGAGGUUAUUAGGUACAGAGCGCCGGCUACCUUGGUGCCCCACAUCGCCGCGAGGGACUUCCCAUUGACGGAGUCCUACACAAUUCCGAAGGGGACCAUAGUGUUCCCAUCGGUGUACGAGAGUUCAUUCCAAGGUUUCACUGAAGCAGACCGGUUCGAUCCGGACCGGUUCUCGAAGGAGCGGCAAGAAGAUCAACUUUUCAAGAGGAACUUUCUAGCAUUUGGGGCCGGGGCUCACCAGUGUGUGGGCCAAAGGUACGCCUUGAAUCAUCUGGUGCUAUUCAUCGCCAUGUUCUGUACAUUACUUGAUUUCAAGCGCCGUAGAAUCGACGGCUGCGAUGAAAUUAUGUACAAUCCAACGAUCAGUCCGAAGGACGGGUGCACGGUAUUCCUCUCUAGACGUUGCACACGAUUUCCCAACUUCUAAACAGAAACUGUGGUCAAGCAUGGGUCGUUUUAAAAAAAUGUUGGUUAAAUAAGUAGUGUGUACUUUCUUUAGUGUGUGAGAGUGUGUGUAUAGAUGUGAUGGACGGGUAUGAUUCUUUUGAUUAGUAGUGUGUGGGAACAUUGAUUGGUGGAAAACUGGGGUUGGUGUGAAGUGGGAAUCAAAAUAAAUGAGUGUGCAGUGGAUUUAUUUAUAUGAGAUUAUAUUCUUAAAAAAUAAAAAAAUUAUUUUUUA